AUGGAGUUACAACAGUGGUUUGAGCAGAAGACUCCAGGCUGGGGUCGUCCAUCCAUGUUUCCCCUGAAUGAGCUCUAUGUCAAAGAUAGCGGAUUUCUUGCAAAAUUAGUGAGCCGUGUGUUUGAAAAUCACCCAGAGAUUGCAUCUGAAUUCCGUCCAAAGGACCCAAAUCUUAGGACGGGUUACAUGAGUUUGCUACUAAGUCUGAUUGAGACAAUGUGUAAAUCACCUCAAGAAAUUUCCAAGGAUGAUUUGUAUGAUGCGUAUGCUGCACUAGGAUCCAUGAGAGAUGUUGGGUUUAAAUUGGAUUGGUUAGAGAAGAAACUUGAUGAAGUGUUAGAAAAGAAGGAGAACGAGGAGGCUAUUGAGAAUGGGCUUCAAGAAAUGGAGGAAGAGUUGAAGGAAAUGAAGCAGAAGUGUUUAGGCAUGGAAGCUCUUGUGGAGAAAGAGAAGGAGAAGGUGUUGGCUGCAAGAGCUCCUCUUUCUUUUGAGGAUGUUGUUUAA